AUAGUGGGGCAUCCUUCUUAUCUAGCAUGUUGCUACACUGAUUGUGAAUUCCACUAACUAAAGAAAGAGGUGUCAUUCUUCCACGGAAAACAGAGAAUUUAUUAUAGAAGAAGUGGCUGAGAUACCUUUGUUACUAUUUAAAGGGAAAAAUGAUGAACUGUUUUCUCUUCCAUUGCAGUGGAAGCAAUUCAUAACCAUGCAAGCCUGUGCUCCAUAUGCAGCGAUGUUACUAGUUCAAUUCGCUUAUGGAGGAUCUAAUAUCCUCAUGAAAAUUGCUCUUGAGAAGGGACUCAAUCAAAUAGUAUUUGUGGUUUACCGUCAUGUCAUUGCAGUGAUUUUGUUGGGCCCUUUUGCUUACGUAAUUGAAAGGAAGCAGCGCCCUUUGCUUUCAUUGUCAGUGAUCAUAAAGAUUUUUCUGCUUUCAUCACUAGGAACUACCAUCCAUCUUAAUGUUUACUAUGCUGGUUUAGCAUACACUUCUCCGACAGUUGCAAGCGCGUUGAGUAAUGUUAUCCCGAGUUUGACAUUCAUCAUGGCAGUUUUACUCGGGAUGGAGAAAGUGAAGACUGAAAGCCCUAGAGGAUGGGCUAAAAUGUUGGGCACGGCUAUUUGCAUAAGUGGCUCACUGGUUUUUACCUUCUGGAAAGGAGGAUAUCUGUUUAAAAGUUUUGAGAACAGAGCAUUGAUAAACAUCUAUAGCACCAAAGGUUCUGCUGGUGAGUACAGGCAUGCUAAAGAAAACUGGAUUAAAGGUUCUGCACUUAUUCUUACCAGUCAUUUUGCGUGGAGUGCAUGGCUAGUCCUCCAGGCUGUAGUUCACAAAGUCUAUCCAGCUCGUUUAUCGCUGAACACUUUGAUUUGCUUCUUCGCAUCAAUCCAAUCUUCUUUUCUUGCGCUGUUUUUUGCAAGAACUCCUGCAAUAUGGAAGCUGGACUGGAAUGUGCAGCUCCUGACCAUUAUAUACAGUGGAGCUGUGAUCUCAGCGUUAGGCUACUACCUGCAAACCUGGUGUAUUAGUCACAAGGGGCCAGUUUUUGUAGCUAUGUUUAGUCCACUACUAGUUGUCAUUGUUGGACUAUUCUCAGCAUUUGCAUUUGCAGAGAGACUUCAUUUGGGCAGCUUGAUAGGAACAGGUAUCAUUGUAGUGGGUCUCUACUGUGUACUGUGGGGUAAAAGGCAAGACAAUAGCGCUGCUCAGAAGCCUGAUGAAGGAAGAGGAGGCUUGGCUGACGGUAAAUCAUUGGAAAUUUCCAUAAAUGACUACCCAUUGACAAAUCCUGACCCAAGCGGAAGGAAGUGAAGUUUCAGACUUACCUAGACUAAUUCAAAUGCAAGACCAUCAUCAAUUAUCAAAGUGGCUUUUGAAGUCUCAGUGGUGUAUUGUAUUUGAAUAAACUUAACCAAGCACACUUCUUUUCUACUCAUCAAUAAACAAUGAUAAAUGGGAUGUCUUGGUAAUUGCUGACAAAGGAUCCACCAAAUACAAUUACUAGUUAGUGGGAGUUAAUGCCGAGGCAUCGUCCGUUUGCCUAGUAAUAGUAAUGUUGUGAGGAAUGGACUAUUUCGUUUCUCUGUACUGGGUGGUAUUCUUAUUGAUGGAGGUCUUUAUGGUAUCCUGCGGGGAAGAAGCAAGGCUGAGAAACAAGAAAUACAUAGUAGUUGAUCUCCAGCAGAGAAAUCUUCCGAUAUCGAAAAAGACUCUGUUUUCUCUGCUUGUGUUUCUCUGAUAUAUAAAGUGGUGUGGCAAGUUAUAUCAAGUAAACUGCUUCUCUGACUGACAAUGAUUUUCUUUUUCUGUUC